UCUGAGGCUGGCAGAGCAAGACCCAGAUAUGGUGUAGUAUAACAGGAAAGAAACAAGAAACCUAUACAGCAUGGAGGGAGGCCUGUGUUGAAGUUAGAGGAGUAUCCGACUAAGCAGUCACUGUGGAUUGUGGGAAGUGGAGGCGGAGUGCGACAUGCAGAAUGAGGCCCCGGGCCCGGCAGCCGCCAGUGCCAGCAGCAUCAGUACGACUCCCAGUGUCACCACUAGCCUGGUCACUACUAGCAGCACUGGGAGGCCAACCCUGCCCCACAUCUCUGUCUACGCUGGGAUCCCAGGUAGACAGACUGCUCAGGUGAUCCAACAGGCGCUCCACAGACAACCCAGCACGGCAGCCCAGUACCUGCAGCAGAUGUAUGCAGCCCAGCAGCAGCACCUCAUGCUUCAGACAGCAGCCCUCCAACAGCAGCAGCAACUGAGCAACACUCAGCUCCAGAGGCUAGCCGGUGUGCAACAGGUCCAUGCUACCAUAGUGGCAGGAAGACAGAGCUCCAACCAGAUUUGGACCUCCUCUCACCAGACAUGUUCCACACAGACCACUGUAAACCCGACCACGCCUCCAGCAGCGGCCCAGAUAAUCAGCAGAGUCCAGAGUGUUAGCUCCACUCCCACCUGUAUCCCCCAGCAAGCUGUGCUCCUAGGCAACGCCUCCAGCCUCGUCCUCACCGCUAGCCAAGCUCAGAUGUAUCUGCGGGCUCAGAUGCUCAUCUUCACCCCAACUGCAGCUGUUGCCACUGUCCAAUCAGCAGCCUCAUCACAGUCUGCCACCAACCAACAAUCUGCUAGUGCACAGGUGCAGAACCUUGCCAUCUGUAGUCAGCAGGGGGCCCACUCCUCCUCUCAGCUCCAGGGCCUUCAUCUCAAACAGAUGUCUGGAGGGGCCCAAGUCUCCCUGGCUGGUCAGCUCAGGGGUCCAACCCAGGGGCCGCAGGGAGCACAACUGGGGUCCCUGGCGGCCCCAUCAGAGGGGGGGCAGAAAGGUGAGGGCCACUUGGUGACCAUGAGCCACAGUGUGAUGGCCGUCAGCAGUCACCCCCUCAUCAGCCCAGGUAGACCACACUCAAAGCGCCCUGUUCAAGCGUACGCACAAAUCCAGACGCACCAGUUUCUGCAGCAGCAAAAACAGCAGCAGUUUGUGUUCCAGCAGCAGCGACACCAGACCCAGCAGCUUUCUCUGAGGGGCCAGGCCCCAGUGCUACACACAGCCUCCAUCCACAGUCACUCUCAGGCCCAGAUGCUACAGUCCCUGGCUAUCCAGCCCCCGCCCAAGGAGGGCCCUGUCCCUGUACUGCCCAAACCAUUUGUCUCUGCGAAUGUUCCUAGCCAGCAGGCCACCAUCUUUCACUCCACCGUCAGUCCCCAGAUUCUUACCCACAACAGGCCAUCCCCUGUGGUCACCCAGACCCAGACUGCUCCGCUGCCCAACACCAAGUUAGUGCAGAUGGCUGCAGUCGACCUCCAGAUCCAGCCAACUGCUCUUACACCAGCCUCUCAGCUGGUUCAGGAUAGUGCUGGCAAGGAGCUGCCCACGUCUGAGGUAGUCACGGAGAACAGCUCCACUCCCCUCAUACAGCAGCCAACAGCCCCUCCUAUUCUUGAGGUCAUCACUAUUGAGCAAUGCCCAUCGGAUCCCAGCAACCCCACCACACCCACUGGAGCAGGUAAGGGAGACGCUGAGUGGCUGAAUGCGCAACCAGGUGCAGGCUCACUUCCAGUCAUGACCUCAGGGAAUGGGAACAAUGCGCCCAUGGUGACAGGCAGUACCCCACAGAAUGGCGAGAGCAAACUGCCUCAAGCCAUAGUGAAACCCCAGAUCCUCACUCACUUUAUUGAGGGAUUUGUGAUCCAGGAGGGAGCAGAGCCUUUCCCUGUGGAACGCCCGUUGUCGCUGCUGAUCGAGAACCUGAAGAAACACAAACAGCAGACGCACUCUGACUCCGAGAAGACGACGACCUCCUCCAACAGCACCACUGACUCUGAGAUGGAGGACCUAUCACAGCAAGAGCUGAAGCAGCAAGAGGAGCCCACCCUGACGUGUGAGCUGUGUGGCAGAGUGGACUUUGCCUACAACUUCAAGAGAUCCAAGAGGUUCUGCUCCACAGUGUGUGCCAAACGGUACAAUGUGGGUUGUACAAAGCGAAUGGGCCUCUUUCCAAAUCGACAAACCACGAUGGAGAAACUGAAGAAGCAGAGAACAUCCAAUGGGAACCACCAGACCUCCGGCUCCGAGACCAAAAAACAGACUCCCAUUACUGGGCAACAACCUGGGGGUGGAUCGGUGACGUCCAGCCACCCCUCUCACCCUGGUCACAGGGAGUUCAGCCAGUGUUUAGACAUGUCCAGCUACGAGGGUCCCCCUUCACCCCCACUGUCUGCUGCCAGCUCUAGUGCUCCCAGGUCCCAGGCGGGCAGAGGGGCAGAGCACAUGGAGGGCUGUGGACAAGAGCUGCCCCUCCUCUCCCAGCACUUCCAGCCCAGAGACCCGGCCAAGUGGAACGUGGAGGAGGUCUACGAGUUCAUCUGCUCCCUGCCAGGUUGCCUGGCGAUAGCCGAGGAGUUCCGCUCGCAGGAGAUCGACGGCCAGUCCUUGCUGCUGCUGAAAGAGGACCACCUCAUGGGCACCAUGAACAUCAAACUGGGGCCUGCGCUCAAGCUCUUUGCCGAGAUCAGUAUGCUGAGAGACUCGUAACCCCUCCUCUCUGGAGCCACUCCACACUGCCGGAAAGUGUCCAGAACACCGUAUUUAUAUGGCACUCUGACCAUGCUCAGGCCUACCGCUGUGGCAGGUUGGUCCCACGGGGGUGGAGGAUGGACGAAGGGUGUCUCUGUUUCAUAGAAGCUGAUGGUCCAUAGCAUAUUGACAACGCUAUCUGAGUUUAGAGCUUUGCCUCUUUGGACUCUCCUAUGCAAUGCAGGAACCGUUAGCUACUGAAUGAGUUGUACUGUGGAUGUUGUACUGUGCACAAGGAACUUAUCCAGCUAGACUCAAAUGGACAAGGUGGUACUUAAGUUCAUAAAUGCCGUUACUAGUAGUUAGAGAUUCUCUGGUACAUCUGUAUACUUUUAGCCAGUAAUUCUGAAAGUAGCGCUCACGAGCCAAAAGUGGUCACUGAAAAUUGCGUACUACGUAACAUAUGUGCCGAUAUGUGCAUUGCUCUCUCGCUCUGCUGUGUGUGUCUUGCUAGCUGUCACUCAAAUAGUGAGGGGCUGAAGCACAUUGGUUGGAACUCGAAUUGUUAGGGCGCUGGCCCACAUGGGGAAAAAUGUAGGGAAAAUGGCACCGCACAGCUUCCAGUUAACAGCCUCUUUCAAACUAGGAUUUUGUGGCUAAUUGAGGUAAAGUAAUUCUGCUCAUAGAUUAUGCAUGUAUGAACUACACAUGUCACAUGCACCAAAUACAACAGGUGUAGACUUUACAGUGAAAUGCUUACUUACGAGCCCAUUCCCUACAAUGCAGAGUUAAAAUAUGAGGCAUAUAUUUGCUAAAUUAAAAGGAAAUGCACAUCCAACCUGAAGUGGGAGGUUUAAAAAUAUAUGAACUCAGCAUAAAAAAAACGUAUUCUCACUGUCAACUGCUUUUAUUUUCAACAAACUUAACAUGUUGAAUCUUAUGUUCAUACAAAUAUGUACAACUGAUACAAACUGAACAAGUUCCACAGACAUGUGACUAACAAAAAUGUAAUAACGUGUCCCUGAACAAAGGGGGGGGGGGGUCAAACGUAACAGUCAGUAUCUGGUGUGGCCACCAGCUGCAUUAAGUAUUGCAGUGCAUCUCCUCCUCAUGGACUGUACCAGAUUUGCAAGUUCUUGCUGUGAGAUGUUACCCCACUCUUCCACCAAGGCACCUGCAAGUUCCUGGACAUUUCUGGGGGGAAUGGCCCUCACCCUCCAAUCCAACAGGUCCCAGACGUACUCAAUGGGAUUGAGAUCCGGGCUCUUCGCUGGCCAUGGCAGAACACUGACAUUCCUGUCUUGCAGGAAAUCACGCACAGAAUGAGCAGUAUGGCUGGUGGCAUUGUCAUGCUGGAGGGUCAUGUCAGGAUGAGCCUGCAGGAAGGGUACCACAUGAGGGAGGAGGAUGUCUUCCCUUUAACGCACAGCAUUGAGAUUGCCUGCAAUGACAACAAGCUCAGUCCGAUGAUGCUGUGACCGUCCACCUCCAAAUAGAUCCCACUCCAGAGUACAGGCCUCGGUGUAACGCUCAUUCCUUUGACAAUAAAUGCGAAUCCGACCAUCACCCCUGGUGAGACAAAACCGCGACUCAUUAGUGAAGAGCACUUUUUGCCAGUCCUGUCUGGUCCAGCGACAUGGGUUUGUGCCCAUAGGCGACGUUGUUGCCGGUGAUGUCUGGUGGGACCUGCCUUACAACAGUCCUACAAGCCCUCAGUCCAACCUCUCUCAGCCUAUUGUGGACAGUCUGAGCAUUGAUGGAGGGAUUGUGCGUUCCUGGUGUAACUCGGGCAGUUGUUGCCAUCCUGUACCUGUCCCGCAGGUGUGAUGUUUGGAUGUACCGAUCCUAUGCAGGUGUUGUUACACGUGGUCUGCCACUGCAAAGACGAUCAGCUGUCCGUUCUGUCUCCCUGUAGUGCUGUCUUAGGCAUCUCACAGUACGGACAUUGCAAUUCAUUGCCCUGGCCACAUCUGCAGUCCUCAUCCCUCCUUGCAGCAUGCCUAUGGCACUUUUACGCAGAUGAUCAGGGACCCUGGGCAUCUUUCUUUUGGUGUUUUUGAGACCGUAGAAAGGCCUCGUGUCCUAAGUUUUCAUAACUGUGACCUUAAUUGCCUACCGUCUGUAAGCUGUUAGUGUCUUAACGACCGUUCUACAGGUGCUUGUUCAUUAAUUGUUUGGGUCAUUGAACAUGCAUGGGAAACAGUGUUUAAACCCUUUACAAUGAAGAUCUGUGAAGUAAUUCGUAAAAAUCCAAAUAAUCUUUGAAAAACAGAGUCUUGAAAUGGGCCGUUUGUUUUUUUUGCUGAGUUUAUAUACUUAACAGUCACAAGUUGCGGAGCUUUCUGUAAGUCUUUUUACAUUUUUUAUUGUGAGGUAGUUGCGUCUGGAUUACUUUUGAUAGUAUACACUGAGUUUACAAAACACAACACCUGCUCUUUCCAUGACAUAGACUGGUGAAUCCAGGUGAAAGCUAUGCCCCGACAAAUUGAGGCUGUUCUGAGGGCAAAAGGAGUGGGGUGCAACUCGAUAUUAGGAAAGUGUUCUUAAUGUUUUGUACACUCGGUGUAUAUUUGAUUCUUGACUGGAAGUUGGCGUUUUGGGUAUUUUGGUCUUGGCGGGAAAGUGGUUAACCUGCCUAGGACUGUAUUUUGAGUUUAGGUUAUAAACAUUAUCCACUGCACAGGACAGUACACAAUGUUACAGUUCACGCCUUGAAUAGGUGGGUUGUGAUACUUUCUGAAGUAUAAAUUCAACAAAAUAGCCUAAAAUCAUUGCAUCCUUUUUAUUUCUUGCUUCUUGUGUUUUUAGAAAACGGGUGUUUUUAAGGAUUCUAAAUUUGAAUAAUUUAGUUUGCUUUCUUAAUUUAUUGUCCUGUGUCAAUGACAUUUUCAAAGGGACAAGCCUUAACCAUAUGUAGUUGUCUGUCAAACUAGCCACCAGGUAGGGUCCCUGGCCUCCAGAAGUCUGGGGAAAUGGCAAACGAUUACUCUUACAAACUCUAGUGCGAAACUAAGAAAAAUCAACUGUCAUUCCAAGUUUGUAUUAUUUUGUGUGAUGUACUACUAGGGUUUUAAUUGGACAGGAACACGGAGGGACGUUCAGGUUCCCCCACCUAUUUUGGUUGAAAAACCUGUGACAUUUGAAUAGAUUUUAGUGAUGAUCUAAAUUAAUACAUUUUUGGGAAAAGCAGCAUUCCCAAUUCCAUUUUGUGCUCGGUAUCAUAUUGAAGGGAUCGUUUACACAAUGAAAUGCAGAUUUUAAUAGAUAAUCACUCAAUGUUUUUUUUGGUCAUCACUGCAUCAUGUCCUGCAGGCCUUUUUUUUAUAUAGACUUUGAAACCUGCUGUAACCCUCAAACCAAAGUGUCAUCGGCAUCAUGUUUGUAUCUGAUGUUUAGGAUUAGAAACUCACUUUUCAUUCUUCAAGUUCUAAACUUGAAGAGUAUUUGUAUUUAUGGAACUAGUUCUUGUAUACCACAUUUUGUACUCCAAAAAUAAAACCUUUAAAUGGUA